AUGGAUAAACAUACAGCAGCUAUUCCAACAUUAACUAUCAAAGUAGUCUUACUCGGAGAAUCUGCUGUCGGGAAGUCCUCAAUAGUCCUCAGGUUUGUAUCUGACGAUUUUAAAGAGAGCAAAGAACCUACUAUUGGUGCCGCAUUUUUAACAAAGAGAAUUACAAGGGAUGGCAAGGUCAUUAAAUUUGAAAUAUGGGAUACGGCAGGCCAGGAGAGAUUUGCUCCUUUAGCGCCUAUGUACUACAGAAAUGCUCAAGCUGCUUUGGUAGUUUUUGAUGUUACUAAUGAAGGGUCUUUUUAUAAGGCUCAAAACUGGGUCGAAGAACUACACGAGAAGGUAGGACAUGAUAUCGUUAUUGCCUUGGUGGGGAACAAAAUGGAUUUGCUGAAUAAUGAUGACGAGAAUGAAAAUAGGGCUAUGAAAGCACCAGCUGUACAAAAUCUCUGUGAAAGAGAGAACCUCUUAUAUUUCGAAGCAAGCGCUAAGACUGGUGAGAAUAUUUACCAGAUAUUUCAAACAUUAGGCGAAAAAGUACCAUGUCCUGAACAAAAUACACGACAAAGCUCUACUCAUGAUCGCACAAUUACCGAUAAUCAACGAAUCGAUCUCGAAUCAACGACUGUAGAAAGUACUAGGGAGACUGGGGGUUGUAACUGCUAA